UGUGGGGCAGCCGUGGGGCUCACUGGCCAUCUCUCCCCACAGGACGGGACAGCGCCGGCUCUGCCUCACAUGAAGUUGGUUUUGGGGGCGCUGGCACUGGUGACGCUGACGGUGACCCUGCAGGGGCUGGGCCGGCGCCUGCUCUCCAUGGCCUCCACCCCCCGUGACCCCCCCGGUGACCCCCCCGGUGACCCCUACGACCCCGGCACCGUCUCGGCCGCCUUCGUCACCUGCCCCAAUGAGACGGUGGCCAAGGAGCUGGCCAGGGCCAUGGUGGAGCAGAAGCUGGCGGCUUGUGUGAACGUCCUGCCCCACAUCACCUCCAUGUGA